AUGGGGAGAAAGGGGGAAGGGGUUUUUGAAGGAGUGAUCGAGCGCGGGAGAUCGCUGGGGCGAUGCUGUUACGCUAUNAUCGACGACGAGUGGCUCGUCGUCUCCCUCCUCUACGCCGCGUCCCGCGCCGUGCCCUCGCUCUCGAUCAGCGUCUGGGACUCCGACGGCGAGUUCCUCCUCAUCGAGUCCGCGUUCGCCCUCCCGCGGUGGCUCAACCCCGAGUCGAGCGCCAACCGCGUCUUCAUCCGCCGCGGCGAGCUCCACAUCGUGCCCAAGGACCGGUUCCCCACGAACCCCUCCCUCGAAGACGCCCUAGAUGCCGUUCGGAGCGACGAGAUCGAGACCCGCGCCCCGGAUCCCGUCCAGGACGCGAUUAAUCGGCGAAUCGAAGGGUACCCCGAGCGCGCGAGGGAGAACAUUCAUCGGGUUACGGUUAGGGUUCCGCUCCCUGUCGCCCAGGUGUUAAAGGUGGAGCCUUGCUUGAUCUCGCUCGCCGUGGAGGGUUUCUACGACCGGGACGUGGACUCCAUGAAGCACGCGGCUCGGAUGGAGCGGUUCCUGAAGAGCGACAAUGGUGAGAUCGAGAUGGUUAGGGUUGCGGUCAUGAUGUCGAGGGCGAUGUACGCCCAAUUGGUGCAGCAGAGUUUUCAGGCACCGAAUUUGUAUCCGAUGCCGUCGAGGGAAGAGGGGCCUGCGGCUUACGGAGAAGCCGAAUUGGGAAUGAAAAUAGCUUGUGGAUUCGAGAUGAUGUACCAGGAAAGGCGCCGCUCCGGGGAGAAAGGCACGGGAAGCACUUGGGAAGUGUUCAGGAAGAGCUUGGAAAGCAGUGGGUGCUUUGAAGGGCUUCUUCCGGGAUCAAAAGAGUAUCAGAGGAUAAUGGAGGAUGCGUUCCAAUAUUACAAGAGCACUACUCUCUUCUCACGAACAAGGGAGAUAAUGAAUGCACCUGUUCGUCGCAUAGAUGAAAUUCUCUCUAUGCCCCACUCAGCUGAUGAUUUCAAAGGUAUCGAGCUUCCUCCGAAUGAUGACGAAUCAUGGCUGUAUAAUGGAGAAGAUGAGUUAAAUUUAGCUCUUCAAGAAAGGCAGAAGGAAAUGGAAGAGUAUGAGGCUGCAAAGAAGCAGAGAAAACUGAAGCAGAAGGCUGCUGAGAGUGGUUCCAAUUCGCUGACAAAUAAUUUCAAUGUUGGAGAUAUAUCAGAAAGUAUGCAGGAAUUUGUUCGAAAAGUUUCAAGCUUUCAGGGAGCUGAGGUUCCUGAAAACAGAAAAUCAAAAGCAGUGGAACUUGAUGCAGACCAGUUCUUUAAGGCCAUGGAAUCUGUGUUAGGAGGGAUAUCACACGAAGGAGCUGCUGGGGAUGCUGAUUUUGAAGGAGCCUCGUCAUCAUCUGAUAUGGAAUUUGAUGAUUCUGAAGAUGGAAGUGAUUUCGCUGAGGAAGGUGGUGACAAGGACAAUGAGGAUACUUUUAUGCAGUCAUAUACUGAUGCCUUGAAUAAAGAGCUAACUUCAACUACCCUUGGAAAAAGCUUUGUUCGUGCAGAGCGCUCCAGCAACGAGAAUGAGGGGCCUUCAAAUGCCACGGAGGACAUGGAUGAGGAGUUAACUCCUGUUGACGUCGAUUUCAACCUGGUGAAAAACUUCCUCGACUCGUUUUCUUCACAACAAGGCCUCCCGGGCCCGGCUUCGAACCUCCUUGGACUCAUGGGUGUCAAUGUCCCCCCUGAUGCUAAAAAGGAGUAAUUACACCGCAUGUGAAGCAAACACGAAGCUACGGCACUAACAAAGUUAACAUCAAUUUUGACUAUGCCGCAAGACCGAGUUCAUCCUGCAGUAUGAGGUCAGUGCGGAAGUUGAUUUUAAAGUGUUGUGAGUAUUUAAACUCUAUAUAAUAUGAAAUUUAAAUGAGCUUCUCAGCACUGUAGAAGUUUUCAUGGCUACAUGUGGGCAAAAUAUUUAUAGAGAUGAUAAGAAGAUAUGGCGCUGAGGACAUUGUUUUCGACCUUUUUUUGAGAUAAAAAGUCGAGUAUAAUCAGCUUAUAAUUAUGCAUACCCUGUUUAGCAUGUUUCUUUCAUUUGCUCAAGAAGCUUGUAGUAUUUAGUAGAUGAACAGCAUGAUCAAAUGUCUAGAAAGUUAUACUAUAUUCAUCUUUCAAUUUUAUUUUUUAUAAUAAGAUAGAUCAGCUCGGAGGUGAAAUACAACAUCGUAUUAAAUCAUUGUUUGCCAUAUUGAUUAGGCCUGUGUAAAUAUGAAGCUACUUCAUAUUGAUGCAACCCUUGAUCACUGAUUGUUGUGAAUGAUUACUACAGAACAGAUCGUGUUCUCCUCUUUGUAUUGUAAUGUUCCAUUAAUGUUUACGUUUAGAAUGUUGAUGGUUU